AUUAAAACCGGACACUUCGAAACCAGGAAAUGAGUACUUCAUGGUUUGAUUAAGGAUGCAUCGAGGUUUAAAUAAUGUUCUGACAUACAGGCGCACAGGAAAAUGUUAACUGUUUUGAGAUUCAAACGCGCAGAUGCUCGCGUGGUCCUAUAAUUUAACCAUAGGGCUGGCUGACGAAUGAACAACAUUUAGUUGUUUCAGUAACCAAUAUUUGUCUUUCUUGCCAUUGUCGGUGUUCUCUCAAUGUCUAAAGACAGUUCCUUAUAUCGUUCCGUUCUGUAUCCUGGAUAUUGUUGUAGAAGUUUUGUGCCUGUGGAUGUUUGUAACGGUAGCUACUAAUCGUGACACAAACACUGCUCAAGCUUGUCAUGGACCCACCGCCCAGUCCUCUAGCCCGCGUUCGGCAGGUGUUUUGGGCAGUUCUGAACUAUGUGACAGCAGCUGUGCAACAAUACCUAACACCAGAGCCUGUAACAGGAAAUGGUGAUACGCUCACGGGACAGGAAGCCACAGUCUCUGUGACCACUGAGACACAGAAAUGGACAGAGGAUGACAAACAUGAAAGAGCAAAUAAUGAAGCAAAGAAAAAGAUGAGAGAAGACAGAGAGAAUGUAGCAGAUGCUUGUGACAGUGGGUGUGAACAUGCAACAACUCAGGAACAGUGCAUGAUUUCCAUUGCCACAGAGACCAACAGGAAAACUGAUCAGUAUGUAGUUAAGGACAUAAAGGUUAGAGUGACAGAGAAUGUAAUUGAGAUACGAGAAAUUGUAGGAAAUGAACCAACAACCCAUAUAGAAAAGGAAGCCAAAGGUUCUCAGUUUACUGAUGAGAGAGAGAUGGAAAGAUAUGGCACUAUUUCAAAACAUGUUGUGCAGACUGUACAUAUGUCUGGACCAAGUUAUUUUGAAGAAAGAGGAAGAAGGGGGCAGGGAAACACAAAUGAGGACUAUUAUCAGGACAAGAGUGACGGGGAACAAAAGCCAACACGACGAGAAGAAAAAACAAAGGACAAAGAGAGUGGGAAGCUGUUUAGUGAUGGAGAGGAGCAGACUGAAACCAACAAUAGAGAUAGAGGAAGAGAGGAACAUCGUGCAGGCCUCGUAAAGACAGGUGAAAUGAAGAUCAUUAGAGGAGCAGAAGAGGAAAAUGAAGAUCUGAGAGAACUAAUGGAAGAAGUUGUGCAAAUAAUGGUAGAGGAUGAUGAAAUGGACAUAAAAACAAAGGAUCUAAGAAGCAAGGAAGGAACCAAGCAGAAAAUGCAGCCUAAGGGGAAUGGUGAGGAUAGAGGAAAAGAAUUCAAAUUGCAACUUGUGAGUGGAGCAAUUGGAGUUGGAGAUGAGAAUAUAAAAACUGUGGAGAUAGGAAGACAAGGAGGUGUAAAAGAAGCACAUGCCAUAAAAGAGAAACCAAAGGAAAAAACUGAAAUGGUAACAAGUUUAACUGUCUCUGGAAAAGGAGAAUUGGACAACAAAGAUAUAGGAAGUGACAGAGACAUCAUGAACUCAGGAGGGGGAAAAGACAAAGAAAGAUAUGAAGAAAAAGAAGGCACACGAAAGUUAUUAAUUGAAGAACAGUAUGGAGAAGUUUCAGGGACAGAGGAAGGAAAGAAGGAUGAUGUAGAAGAGUUGGCAUCAGCCGUGGAGAGUGGUGGAACAGAGAUAACACAUGUAGAAAGGGGAGAAGAGAAAACACAUGCAUGUGAUAUAAAAGGAGAUAAGAGCACAGGGUCUCAGAAAGCAGGGCAAAUAGCGAAGGCUUUCAAUACAAGAGGUGAAGAGUCCGGCACAGAGAGGGAAAGGGGAGCGGAAAAUUUAAAAGAUAAAAAAACAAGAACAGAGUUUGAAGGGAUGGAAAGAGAAGGAUCUCAACAGAAAACAGAUGAUGACAUAAAGAAUAAAUCUGAAUGCAAAGGGAGAAAAUUGGAAACAAACUGGGAUGAAGUGGGAACUAUUUUGAUUGAGGGGGCAGAAACAGGGGACGAAGUAAACAAAGCACCAGUACAGGAAGAGAGAAUGGAACUGACAGGUGCACCUACAGGAGGUGAAGAAAGUGAGAAGUAUGAAAGUGAAACAGAAAUUGAGACAGGAGUAAAGACUGAAAACUAUGUAGAUGGAUGGAAAGAUGUACCCACAAAAGAACAGAAAAUGCACAAAUCAGAAAGAGGAAAAAAUGGGAAUGGUGCAGUGGGGAGACAAAUAGAGAUGACCGAUGUGGAUGGAGACUUCAAAAAAAAUGAGCUGUGCCAGACAGAGGUCGCAGUGGGAAACAAAGAAAAUGAAAUGGAAAGCAUCGGACUGAGAAACAUAGAGACUGAAAACAGAGAACUCAAGGAAAUAGCAGAAGAAUGUGGGGUGGUUGCAGAAGAAGAAGAAAGCAAAAAUUCAAUGGCCAAAGGACAGGAAGAAGAAACCAAAACAAUGAUAGAAGAAAAGCAAGAGCAUGAAAGACAUCUCAUUAAAGAAAAUAAAGAAGAACCAUUAGUGGGCCAGAGAGACAUAGGACAUAAUUUAGACCCAGCAGUAGAGAUAGAGGCUGGUGCAGUGGAUGAAGAGGGAGAUUAUGAGGGAAAAAAUGAUGGAGAAGAAGAGAGCCUGAUUAUAAAAGAAAAAAUAGAAUGGGAGCAUACAAAAGAAGUUGGAAAGUCUGGAUAUACUGAGGAAAUGGAAGCCAAUAAGUGGGGUAUCGAGGAAAAAGGAGAGGGCAUACCCGUUGGAAGAAAUGACAAAGAAGUGAGACCAGAACCUAUGGUGCCAGUACCUGUAGAAAGAAAUGACAAAGGUGUGCUGAGUGAAGAAUCCCAUUCAGGUGUGGAAAGAGACAUUUUUACAAAGGAAACUGAGACAGAUACUGAUGCAGAUGAGAAAGACGUAGGGAUACUCAGUACAGGUGAAGAUGAAAGAAUCACAGAUAUUGGAAGAAAUGAGAACAACUUCAGAGAUACAAUAGUGGAGAACAAAGAAGAACAAAGAGAAAGUGAAGCCUGCAGUGAGGCCAAAGACAUGGAAAGUGUUGAGAUGAGGAAAACUGAGACUGAAGAGAAAGACAUAAACAAAGAAAAAGAUAUAAAAGAUGAUGAAGGGAUAAGUGUGGAGGAACAAAGACAAGAGGGACAGUUUUCUGAAAUAAUGACAGAAGGAAAACAGAGAGACAUGGGAAAUGAUUUUGACUCAACAGGAGAGACAGAGACUGGAGCAGUGGAUGAAGAGGUAGAUGAUGAGGUGGGGAAAGAGGGAGAAGAGUGCAUGAUUUUAAAAGAAGGAACAGGAGGGAAGAAUACAAAAGAAUUUGGAGAGUCUGAAUAUAGUGGGGAAAUAGAAGCUGAUGUGUGGGGUACUGAGGAGAAAAGAGAUGAAAAAGAAGUGAGACCAGAACUUAUGGUGCCAGUACCUGUAGAAAGAAAUGACAAAGGUGUGCUGAGUGAAGAAUCCCAUUCAGGUGUGGAAAGAGACAUUUUUACAAAGGAAACUGAGACAGAUACUGAUGCAGAUGAGAAAGACGUAGGGAUACUCAGUACAGGUGAAGAUGAGAGAAUCACAGAUAUGGGAAGAAAUGAGAACAACUUCAGAGAUACAAUAGUGGAGAACAAAGAAGAACAAAGAGAAAGUGAAGCCUGCAGUGAGGACAAAGACAUGGAAAGUGUUGAGAUGAGGAAAACUGAGACUGAAGAGAAAGACAUAAACAAAGAAAAAGAUAUAAAAGAUGAUGAAGGGAUAAGUGUGGAGGAACAAAGACAAGAGGGACAGUUUUCUGAAAUAAUGACAGAAGGAAAACAGAGAGACAUGGGAAAUGAUUUUGACUCAACAGAAGAGACAGAGACUGGAGCAGUGGAUGAAGAGGUAGAUGAUGAGGUGGGGAAAGAGGGAGAAGAAGAGUGCAUGAUUUUAAAAGAAGGAACAGGAGGGAAGAAUACAAAAGAAUUUGGAGAGUCUGAAUAUGGCGGGGAAAUAGAAGCUGAUGUGUGGGGUACUGAGGAGAAAAGAGAUGAAAAAGAAGUGAGACCAGAACCUAUGGUGCCAGUACCUGUAGAAAGAAAUGACAAAGGUGUGCUGAGUGAAGAAUCCCAUUCAGGUGUGGAAAGAGACAUUUUUACAAAGGAAACUGAGACAGAUACUGAUGCAGAUGAGAAAGACGUAGGGAUACUCAGUACAGGUGAAGAUGAAAGAAUCACAGAUAUUGGAAGAAAUGAUAGCAACUUAAGAGAAAUGAUAGUGGAGAACAAAGAAGAAGAGCAAAGAGAAGGUGAAGUAUGCGGUGAGGACAAAGACAUGGAAAGUGUUGAGAUGAGGAAAACUGAGACUGAAGAGAAAGACAUAAACAAAGAAAAAGAUAUAAAAGAUGAUGAAGGGAUAAGUGUGGAGGAACAAAGACAAGAGGGACAGUUUUCUGAAAUAAUGACAGAAGGAAAACAGAGAGACAUGGGAAAUGAUUUUGACUCAACAGAAGAGACAGAGACUGGAGCAGUGGAUGAAGAGGUAGAUGAUGAGGUGGGGAAAGAGGGAGAAGAAGAGUGCAUGAUUUUAAAAGAAGGAACAGGACGGAAGAAUACAAAAGAAUUUGGAGAGUCUGAAUAUAGUGGGGAAAUAGAAGCUGAUGUGUGGGGUACUGAGGAGAAAAGAGAUGAAAAAGAAGUGAGACCAGAACCUAUGGUGCCAGUACCUGUAGAAAGAAAUGACAAAGGUGUGCUGAGUGAAGAAUCCCAUUCAGGUGUGGAAAGAGACAUUUUUACAAAGGAAACUGAGACAGAUACUGAUGCAGACGAGAAAGACGUAGGGAUACUCAGUACAGGUGAAGAUGAGAGAAUCACAGAUAUGGGAAGAAAUGAUAGCAACUUAAGAGAAAUGAUAGUGGAGAACAAAGAAGAAGAGCAAAGAGAAGGUGAAGUAUGCGGUGAGGACAAAGACAUGAACAGUGUUGAAGAGAAAGACAUAUACAAAAGUGCAGGAGAGAUAGAGAGGGAAAAAUCAGUAGCUGAAACAGGGAAUAUAGAAACAGUUUGGCAGGAAGUAGAAAUUAGAGAAGAAAUGGAAGACGAAAAGGACAUAAAAGCACCAGUUGAAGAAGUAUGUCACAAAGGAUCUCUGGAACAACUUGUGUUGGAAGAGGGGGAUGAACUUAUAAGAGAAGAGUGGAAAGAAGACAUUCAAAGAGAGAAAAGAGGGGGGAGUAGCAAUGGAGUACAAGUAAAUGUAAUACUUGAUGGAGACAAACAAGAAAGAAAAGUUGAUGAAGGGAUGCGUGUGGAGGCACAGGGACAAUUUUCAGAAUUAAUAACAGAAAGAAAACAGGAAAUCAGGAAAGAUUUAGACCCAACAGUAGAGAUAGAGGGUGGAGCAGUGGAUGAAGAGGAAGAUGCUAAAGAAGAAAAAGAGAAAGAAGAAGAGGGCAUGAUUUUAAAAGAAGAAACAGGGGAGAAGAAAACAAAAGAAUUUGGAGAGUCUGCAUAUAGUGGGGAAAUGGAAGCCAGUGUGUGGGGUACUGAGGAGAAAGGAGAUGAAAUAGAAGGGAGACCAGAUGAGGUGAGAAAGGUUCUCAUAGGCAAUAGAGAAAUCCAUGAUACUUUUGGUAUUGAAGUAGCUGGAGAUAACGAAAAGGCAGAACUGAAGGGACAGGAAGUAGAGUCGAAGGAACCUGAAAGGAACAGUGAGGUAGUGAAAUCCACUGAAAUACAGUGGGAGAAAUUUGAUGACAGAGAAACAGAGGAAAAAACAACAACAAGGCUGGAUAACAAAGAGACUGAGGGACUAAAUGUUGAAGAAGAAAAUGAUGAAAUGAAGAAAACUAUUGAUAACUGGACAGAGCGUCAUACACCUUCGCUGGAUUUUACUGCCCAAAAGUCCCGAAUUGCUCUGAAGAACGCCCACUCUCGCCCACCCAGGAACCCUCGCUCACUACUCAACACCCCAUCCCUGCUUCCCACCCCAUCAGAACUGCAGCAGCCUGAGAAACUUAGCGUAGUUCCAAUGGUGGUAAAGCAAGGAGGUCCCGUAAUAUCAGGAUUCAAACUGCCAGGUAUGGGUGGGGGAUUUCCUGCACUGAAGAGGACACACAGAGGAGUAAGGGAGGGAGAAGGAGUCACUGCAGAGUGUGUGUAUCCAAAGAACUCACAGGCCCCUGAUGCCACCAAGACGCUGAAGAGUGACAGAGAAGAGGUGGUUGGAGGCAAAGUAGUGGGAAUGGGGGUUAUUGGAGUGAAAUUGCCUGGUUUUAUGGGAGAGUUUCCUGGACUGAGAAAGACGGAAAGAGGAGCGAAAGUGAGAGAGCAGACACCAGAGAAGAAUCCACCCUCUCAAAAUAACAGCACAGAGAGAAGUGACAGGACAGGAACAGACAGCAUCACAGGUGUUAAACAAAUGGGUUUUGGCUCUGGAUUUACUUUACUGAGAAAAACAGAGAGGGGAGUGAGGAUAAGAGAAGGAGAAGAUACACAGCACAGUACACAGAAUUCAGAAGUAGAAGUGAAUAUACCUGGAGUUGAUCAUCAGGAAACACUUCCCAAAGCCAAACCCAAAUGGACACCACCAGGGAAACCUGGGAUUGGAAUAGAUAACCCUUCAAUGAUAUCAGAACUCAAGAACAAGCUGAGGAAGACAGAAUAAGGCUGAAGAGUAAAAUAAUCUGAGGAUGGUUUUUCUUUUAACGUUUCUUACUUGUACGUACACCCCCUGAUACCUGAGAGUGUUUACUAUUUUUUCAGAUCCCUGAAUGAUAAACAGUGUAAAACGGAAGACUUCAAACAAUCAAUUUAGCUUUAGUCCUUUUGAAUGCUACUAUUCCAACUGUCCAUUUUACGUUUGAACCCACAAUGCUUUCUUUUUUCUCAUAACCUUUUUAACAAUUAUUUUUUAAACACUGAAUUUUUGCCUUGUGUUUCUGUACGUCAUUUUUUAAACUGAGACAUAUUUUAUUUCAUGUUUAUUUCAGUCCUUAUUUUAAUUUUAUUUAUGUUGAACCCACAAUGUUUUCUUUUUUCUCAUAAAUUUUAAAAUAUUUUUUAAACACUGAAUUUUUGCCUUGUGUUUCUGUACUUUUUGAGGCAUAUUUUAUUUAAUGUUUAUUUCAAUCCUUAUUUUUAUUUCAACAUAAAUAUGAAUGUAAAAACAUUAGCAUUUAAAGUGUUUUUUACAAUAUACCUGUAUGCAUGUUUCCAUAAUCUGCGACUUAAUUUUGAAUAAAUUUCUUCUGUGCACUCUAUAUCAGUCUGCAUAAAACACAAACACCAUUGUGACAUUACUAAGAUAACUCUGCACAGUGGUGACCUCAUAUUUACAACGUAUAUCUUGCUUAUGUAGCCUGAUUUGGAAGUACAGUGCAGUUGGUUGCAUUGUAGCCAAUAUAAAAUAAAAUUUGUUUGUGCGAU